AUGGGUGAUGACGUCGAGGGCGCGGCGCGCGCGCUCGGGCGACGGGACGCGCUGCGCCGCGCGGCGCUGGGCGUGGGCGUGGGCGUCGCGUGCGCGAACGCCUCGCCGGCGCUCGCGUUGAGCGGGAUGAACGCGGUGAAGGACACGCGGGAAGGGUACGAGUUCCUGUACCCGGUGGGAUGGCAGGAGAUUCAGGUGGACGGGCAGCAGGCGGUGUACAAGGACAUCAUCGAACCGCUGGAGAGCGUGGCGCUGAACGUGUACCCGACGCAACGCAAGAGCGUGGCGGAGAUUGGAACCGCCGAAGAGGUGGCGAAGACGCUCGUCGGGAAGGCGCUCACGGCGCCGGGGGCGGCUGGGAAGGUGCUGGCGACGAGCGAGCGGACGGAUAAGGACGGACACCUGUACUAUCAGUUUGAGUUCGUCACGAAAACGAAAAGCUACGAGAGGCACGCGCUGACGGUGGUGACGGUGACGCAAGGGAAGUUUUACACCCUCACCACGGGUUCGAGCGAAAAGCGAUGGGGUAAGAUGAAGGAGCGUCUCAACGCGACUGUCGGCAGCUUCAACGUGUAUUACUAA